AUGGUUCAAACUUUACUACUUGCUUUCCUUAAAGAAAAUACAUGGAAUUAUAAGACGAUAAAAAAUUUGACACUUUCACUCGUCAAUCUCUGUUUAUCAACUGAUCCUCAUAAUGCCUUAAGAGUGGAAGGUGGAGCGGAUCUUACACAUGAAUACCCCGACGCUUCAUAUAACAAGGCAAAUAAAGAUUAUCUGAUGAAUUCCAAACUGUGUUUCACAAUCAUUCAUUUUCAUUCUAUUUUACAUGGACAAUAA